AUGAUCGCCGCGCCUUUCCUCCGUCCUCUCACGGCUGGACUCCGACAGCAGACCCGCCGAGGGUAUGCUUCUGUCCUCGAGCAAGCCGCCCAGCCGGUCGAUGAGCUCCCUCUGCGGCUCCAGGCGAUCAAGCUUUAUAAAGAGCUGCACCGUCUCGGACGUGACUACCCUGACCCCAACUAUGAAUUCAACAAGCGCCUCCGACGAGCUUUUGAAAAGAACUCCAAGGUCACUGAUCCUGAGGCACUCAAGAAGCAGCUUGAACUCGGCGAGCACAUCAAGAAGGAGGUUCUCGCCCUGCUCUCGCUGAAGAAGUUUCGCCACCUUAGGCGCUCUUACCACGCUCACGAGGGCCCUCGUUGA